UUUGCUUAGGGUUUGAAUUUUGAAAUUCUCCAAUACUUUCUCUCUACCAUUUUCCCCCUCUCUGUUUCUCUCUCUUCCCAAAUCUUAUUCAACGACGGCCACUGAUUCCCUUUAGAGCUUGGAAGAUUCCGAAUCGGAUCUCAGGCACCAGUUGAAGCUCGUACGAUGAACCAGUACCACAUAUACGAAGCUAUUGGGCAGGGCAAAUGCUCGACUGUGUACAAAGGAAGGAAGAAGAAGACGAUCGAGUAUUUUGCCUGCAAGAGUGUCGACAAGUCUCGGAAGAGCAAGGUUCUUCAAGAGGUCAGGAUCCUUCACUCGCUAAAUCAUCCAAAUGUACUCAAGUUCUAUGCGUGGUAUGAAACUUCUGCUCACAUGUGGUUAGUUCUGGAAUAUUGCGUCGGGGGUGAUCUAAGGACAUUACUGCAGCAGGAUUGUAAACUGCCUGAAGAUUCAGUCUAUGGUAUUGCCUAUGAUCUUGUCAUAGCCCUGCUGUUUUUGCAUUCGAAAGGAAUUACAUAUUGUGAUCUGAAACCAUCGAACAUCUUACUUGAUGAAAACGGACAUAUUAAGCUGUGUGAUUUUGGGUUGUCAAGGAAGCUAGAUGAUAUUACUAAGUCUCCUUCCUCGGGAAAACGUGGAACUCCGUAUUAUAUGGCUCCAGAACUAUAUGAAGAUGGAGGGGUCCAUUCUUUUGCUUCUGAUCUAUGGGCGCUUGGCUGUGUGUUAUUUGAAUGUUACACUGGGAGACCUCCUUUUGUGGCAAGAGAGUUCACCCAGCUUGUGAAAUCUAUUCAUUCAGAUCCAACUCCUCCACUCCCUGGAAAUCCAAGCCGUUCGUUUGUCAAUCUCAUUGAGUCUCUUCUUAUCAAAGACCCAGUUCAAAGAAUACAGUGGGCAGAUCUCUGUGGUCAUGCAUUUUGGCAAAGUAAGAUAAAUCUAGUACAGUUGCCUCCUCAGCCUGCUUUUGAUAAUAUGAUUGGCAUAUACACAAAGCCAUGUCUUUCCGAGCAUAACGGAGACAGACCAUGCAAGACCCCUCCAAAGUCUCGGGAGAAAGAUCCAAAAGGUGGUUCAAAGCACAAUGAGAACUCCACUCAAGGUUCAAGGGGAUAUGAGACGCCACAAAAGGGUACUCCUGGUGGUUCUAAAGCUCAACCAAAGCUUUCUAGUAAGGCAACUGUGGAAAAGCACGGAGGUCGUCCGGUUGCUAACAGACAGGUGAAUAUUCUAAGAUUGUCAAGGAUAGCAAAGGCAAAUCUCCAGAAGGAAAAUGAGAAGGAAAAUUACAGGAGACCCUUACCUAAUAGCAACGAGAACUGUGCUGAAGUGAAGAUCGACAACACUGAUAUGGAACUUGAUUUUGAUGAAGACAAUGAUGACGAGGGACCAGAUGAAAUGGAAGGAAGCGAGAACACCUCUUGUGCACAAGAUGAAAGAGUUUCGAGUCAAAAUGACAGUCACGGAAGACAAAGAGUUAUGAGCAAUAAUGUGCCUGAUGAGAAAUCGUCUGCAAAUGAAACACCAACCUCGGAGGAAGCCAGAGAUUGCCAUGAAGAGCAGUCAGAGCCUAUUGAAGUGUCAGCUGCGCUACCCAGUGCUAGUCCUCAGCUUAAAACUCACAGAGGAAGAGAAGUUUCUGGGUUUACUGCUAAUCAUGACUCGUCGAAAACACCUAAUAGCCUCAGUGACGUCCUUUGGCAUUUAUCUGAUCUGUCUGUUAGACCUGUCAUGCCCAGCAGAAAAUCUGACAAAGAAGCUGUGCCUUCUCUCUCAUUUGAAGCACCACAGCCUUCUGAUUUUGGUAAGAUGGGAAAGCAAGAACUAGAACCGCUUAACAACAGGAUCGUAACGGUCCUAACUGGGAGUAGUGCUGGCAUGUCAGAGAAACAAAAUUUGAUCAGAUACCUCGAGACAUUGAGUAGCAAUGCUGAUGCAGCCAACAUCUUGACCAACGGGCCAAUUAUGCUUGUGCUUGUUAAAGUUCUGCGAUUAUCCAAGACCCCGGCGUUUCGAGUACAAAUUGCUUCCCUAAUUGGUUUGUUAAUUCGGCAUUCUACUUCUAUUGAAGAUGAGUUGGCAAAUUCUGGUAUUUUGGACUCUCUUACUAAUGGCCUUAGGGACAAGCAUGAAAAAGUGAGAAGGUUCUCUAUGGCAGCUCUAGGUGAAUUGCUAUUCUACAUCUCAACUCAAAAUGAGCAUAAGGAUUUCAAACCAACAGAGUCCCCAUCGAAAGAAACUCGGUCUGCAUCGGGUUGGCAGGUUUCAAAUGCCUUGAUCUCUCUUGUAUCAUCUGUCUUACGCAAAGGAGAAGAUGAUCUGACUCAGCUCUACGCGUUAAGGACAAUAGAAAAUAUCUGCAGUCAAGGAGCUUAUUGGGCCACCCGUUUCUCCAGCCAAGAUUUGAUAAGCAACCUCUGCUAUAUAUACAGGGCAGUUGGGAAACAGGAGAGCAUGAGGCAGACCGCUGGAUCAUGUUUGGUCCGCCUUGCUCGCUUUAACCCUCCUUGCAUUCAGACGGUUGUAGAAAAGCUUUCAUUGAAGGAAAUAGCUUCAUCUUUUGGAAGAGACGACUUCCGUAUAACCCUUCUUCAAGUUCUAGAAUGCAUAGCAGAAGAUGCUCCUCUGGUUACACAAAAUGCUGAGAUUAUUAUCCGUGAGAUUCUCCCAUCUUUAGCUGCAAUUUACAAUGGGAACAAAGACGGGGAUGCUCGGUUUCUCUGUUUGAAGAUCUGGUUCGAUUCAAUGACAAUUCUCUUGACCGAGUGCACCGAGAUCGAGCAACAAACAUCUGAGGAUUUGAAAUCAAUAUCCAACUCCCAUUUCCUCCCACUCUAUCCUGCACUGAUCCAAGACGAAGAUCCAAUCCCAGCAUACGCGCAGAAGCUCCUCGUCAUGCUCGUCGAGAUUGAUUACAUCAAAAUCUCCAACAUAUUGCAUCAGAAUACAGUAUCACAAUGCUUCGAGUUUCUUCUCGGAGACUUAUCAAGCGCGAAUGUGAACAACGUCAAGCUCUGCCUCGCCUUAGCAUCAGCUCCAGAGAUGGAAACCAAACUACUUUCUCAGCUCAAAGUAGUGAGGAGAAUCGGAAAUCUGUUGGAGUUCGUGAAUGCCAAGGACAUGGAAGAUUUCCUUGAACCCACUUUAAAUCUCUGCAGAGCUUUUCUUCUACGGUCACUUGGAAACAAGAAAGGUCUCAGCUCCACCUACACGAAAGAGCCAACGCUUUUAUCAGAGACAUCUUUUACAUUCGAGGUCGAUCCACAAGAAUGUAUACGAGACAUUGCAGAUUUCGGCAGCAACAUUGGCUUAUUCUUGCACCUCGCUGCUUUAGAUGACACGAGCAUCGCAGUCGCGGAUAUUGCCUCUGAAUGCGUCGUGUUGCUGCUUAAAGCGGCCUCGAGAGAAGCCACGACGGGAUUUUUAACCAAUCUUCCUAAGAUCACACCGAUUCUCGACACGUGGCGCCGGAGGAAGAGCACGGAGCUACAGUUGUUGGUUCUGAAGAGAAUCAUGCAUUGUUUGGGUUAUGCGUGCAAGCAGUAUCUGUCGCAGGCGAUGAUUCUGUCGAUAUCAGGACAUGAUGUCUCUAAGAUCAACGCCAUUGUCUCCGAGAUCAAGAACUCAGACGUCGCUGGUCUCAGUAGCGUCGCUUCGCUCGUUGCUAUGGAGUUGCAGAGGUUGCCUCGUUGAGUUCUGAACAAGUUUCGUCAUUUCUCUCUGUUAAAACAAGAUUAACGACAAUGGCGCUGAGCUGUAGAUUUUGAGUAUGUACGAGGUAAACAAACUCAAAUGUUAUAUUGAAACCCAGAAUCAAGAUUUAAUGUCUCUUUCUAAUGUAUAUUAUUGAAGUUCUCUCCA